CAACGCGGUCCUGUGUUCCCGGAAUAUGGCUUCGUCCACGAAGAGGUCAUGGAAACUCCAGGAUUUUGUUGCCCAUACGUCCAACGUCAAUUGCUUGGCAUUAGGUCACAAGUCUGGACGCGUUUUGGUCACUGGUGGCGACGACAAGAAAGUGAAUCUAUGGGCAGUUGGGAAGCAGAAUUGUAUCAUGAGUUUGAGCGGUCACACUACACCAAUAGAAUGUGUAAAAUUUGGACAAACAGAAGAUCUAGUAUGCGCUGGUUCGCAGACGGGUGCAUUGAAAAUUUGGGAUUUGGAGCAUGCCAAAUUGGCACGCACGUUAACAGGACACAAAGCAGGCAUACGUUGCAUGGAUUUUCAUCCUUACGGGGAGCUGUUGGCAUCUGGUAGCUUAGACACUGCGAUCAAACUGUGGGAUAUUAGGAGGAAAGGUUGUAUCUUCACUUACAAAGGGCACAAUAGGAUGGUGAAUAGUUUAAAAUUUAGUCCGGAUGGCCAGUGGAUAGCCAGCGCGGGAGAAGAAGGAAUGGUCAAGUUGUGGGAUUUAAGAGCUGGUAGACAACUUAGAGAAUUCUCGGAACACAGAGGACCGGCAACAACCGUAGAAUUUCAUCCGCAUGAAUUCUUAUUAGCAAGUGGCAGCGCGGAUAGAACGGUUCACUUUUGGGACUUGGAAUCGUUUCAACUUGUAUCAUCUACAGACCAGACUCAUUCGUCUGCAAUUCGGUGCCUCUAUUUUAGUCAAGGCGGGGAAUGUCUUUUUGCUGGUUGCCACGAUGUGUUAAAAGUGUACGGCUGGGAACCAGGUCGAACGUUAGAUUCAGUACCAACGGGCUGGGUGAAGGUACAGGAUAUAGCUGUUGCUCAGAACCAGCUGAUUGGUGCAAGUUUCCACACUGCCAACGUUGUCCUAUAUGUAUGCGAUUUACAAAAAAUCGCUCCAUUGGGUGGGGUGUCGACAUCCGGUUCUCCGUUCAGUCACGGAAAUUCGUUAAGAAAAAGUUUUUCCAGGGAUAGGCCACCCGAGUUAAAAAAACAUACACUAGACGUACGGACAAUAGAAGAGGCAGACAAGUCUGGAACUGACCCAGAAGACGAAGCAACGUACGCAGAUAUACCCAAUGUCACCGAAUAUCACGACGUCUUUCAACCAAAUAGGUCAUUGUCUCGCACUCCACCUCCAGAACCUGAGGCUUUCCAGGAGCCUCAAGAUGUAGAUCCUACGCAACCACAGAUAUUACAAACUCUUUCUACCUCAAUGUCAAAUCUAAGUACGGUGGAGCCAGAGGAAGUUCCACCUAUAUCAUCACCGUCAUCUCCACCUCCACCAGCGCCGACGUUAUCAUUAACAAAGCCAGUAUCAGUGCGCGUUCAGCCAAUCAAGUCAUCGCCGCCCGUUCAAAGAAACACAGUCACAUCGACGAGUCAGACCAAAAAUCUUCAAACGAACAAUGGCCUUGGCAGAGCGUCGAAGAACCUCGCCUCUAUACCACCCCUUAGACAGAGUAUUACUCCUCUUCCUGGGAAAAAGAUAAGUAUUACCAGUGACGUAGGAACACUUCCACAACCCUUAGGCCCGCAGAGGUCGAAUUCCACGUUGACACCGCGUGUGGCACCAAUGGCUGCCGUUCUUCCAGUGAUGGACGAUGGAAAACUAAAGAAUAGAGCACCUAGCCCGGAUUCUCCCAAGCAUUACUUAAAGAGACAGAGUAGUUGUAGAGACGGAGAACAGGGUUACGAAAGCGAUUAUCCGGUACAAAUUAAUAGUAUAAGGCACAGCCCCUCCGAUCCGGCGUUAAAUAGGCCGAAUUCUGCGCAAUCUAGGUCGACCUCGCUGAAUAGGAACUUUGCUACCUCAACGUCGCUGUCCGCGCGCAACGCUUCCACCACCACAACGACGUUCGCGACGAAGAAAUCGAAUAAAGCUCAAGUGCCCCCGAAUCCUAAGAUAGACGUUCGAGCCCCCCAGUUGAGGCCGAACGUUGACAACACGGAGAAAGAGGAAUUUGUUCCCAUCAGUGCUGAUAAACCUUAUGGCCUGGACGUCGAAACUUUCCUACCCAAUCAUUUCGCGAGAUCGACCGCGUUCGGCUAUCCACAAAUGGGAGUUUUCAACGAAAUGUCAGAGGCCGAAGUGCUUAAUAGCAUGAUGCGUGGUCACGAAUCGAUGAUGGCUGUACUCACGAACCGUCAUCGUUCCUUGCAAAUCAUUUACUCUCGGUUGCACCACAAGGAUCUUAAGGCUGCUGUGGAAUCCGCAGUGGCGAUGAACGAUCUUUCGGUUAUCGUGGAUUUGUUGGGCAUAUUGACCCUAAAACCAACACUGUGGAACCUGGAUCUGUGCAACUCUCUACUAGGUCCAAUAGGGGAUCUCCUUCAAAGUAAAUACGAAAUGUACAUAACGGUGGGUGCCACGGCGUUGAGACUGAUCAUGCGGAAUUUCGCAUCGGUGAUAAAGUCGAACGUGGAAGCUCCUCUCCACACUAUUGGCGUGGACGUGUCGCGAGAGGAACGAUACCACAAGUGCCUCUCCUGUUACGAGAAACUGUCGACGAUCAGAGGCAUCCUGAUGAAGAAGCAGUCGACGCCAGGAAAGUUGGGCGCCUCGUUUCGCGAGCUUACGGUGCUGGUGCGAAGUCUAGUGUGACCACGGCUGAGCCAACACGCGAACUCUGCCGCCAGACUCGUCGUUACCUGACAAAGAAUCGGUAAAGACCAUGGGAGAAGUCGAUGGACGUCGGUCGUACAGGACUGCAGAGAGGACAGCUGCGCCUUCGAGUUGUUGCGUCCCGAAGAACGAUGGCUCGACAGAACAGCCCGUCGGGAAUUGGUUCUUCCUUCUCCCAUCGACUCUUUCCGGUUCCUCGUUUCCAGUCGUCGACGCACUUGGAGAGACGCGAACAGCGGGAAACGUUGAGCCUCCGCGACACGACGUAUUAAAUUUGUGAACGCCACGAAACGGGACCGUAGUAGACGAUUACGAACUAUUCGGACAAUGUCGUAUGGGAUAACCACCCCAGAUUUCAGGGAAACGGGACGCGGACCGUCGCGAAGAACAGUUUCGUCGGUCGUGUUCAACGGGCCAGAAUUUUAUAGGCUUCUUCUGUCGAGUGUAUCGCGAUAAGAAUUAUUGUAAAGUAUUAUAUUAUAUAAUAUAUUGCGCUAUAUUAUAUACAUACAGAACGAUUCUCGUAACUUGUCCGAUUAUCUUUUCUUUUCACGCGUUGCAUGGUUCGAAAUCAACGAGUUAUGACAACUUGAUCUUGAAGCGACCUAGGUCAAGGUCGUUUGAGGGUCGAAACGCCAAAACCAUAGGUUUGAAUAUGAAACCAUUGAAAGUGACCUUGAGAUGAAACAAUAACAAAAAUGAUAAAGAUGGACAAGUACGAUUCGCCUUUAAACGUGCGUCAGGAAUGUUGUACAUUGUCGUGUGGGAGAUUUUGUAAAAACGCGAUGCACCUCGUUUCGUUUAACGGAGGAUCGAGAUCGACGACACUGUUCUUGUGUUCUGUAUUCGCAAGGAACGUAAUAUAACCCGGCGUUUCAACGGCCAUCUUGCCAGUUCGAGACAUUUACGAGCCCGAGCAAAACUCUGGAUGAUCGAUCGCGUUAGCGACGAAUGAUUAAACGCCGACAAACGAGUUUAAUUAAGGAGUUAGGUAGUAACACGUUUUUUAGAGUAACGAGAAGAGAUGAUGAAAUAACAAAGUGUAUUUUUGCAAGAGCCAUUUGCGUCCGUUCACUAAUAAAACAAAGAAAGGUAUUCCGAUCGUGAGUAUGUGUUGAAACCCCCUAAGCAGCAUGAAUGAAAACGAGACGAUGUUUCAGAAUAGAGGUUCGAGAGGAAUGAAAUUGUCCAACGACAAGGGAGACGAGAAUGUUUCUUCGUUAACGUUUGCUUCUUGGUCAGCGAAGGGUCCGAAGCCUUCCUGACAUUUCUACUCAUGAUCCUGAAUUUUCGCUUGGAUUUUUUCACGAUUUUGUAAUCAGUAUUUUUGGUGACGCGAAGAAAAUUGUGACGAUCGAGAGAAGGAAAGGACUCGAAAGUCUCUCGUUGAUCUUUGUGGAAUGGGUUCGAAUUUUUCACGUUUGAGAGCGGAACGAAUCGAUCGUUCCACGGAGGCACGCUUCCCUCGUCCCCUCGUCCCAUUCUCGUCUCUUUUUCGUUCGUUCACGCAACGCCGGCGUAACUUUUCCCCAUUCCGUUCCGUUUUCCGUCUGUUCACACCGAGUGAACGCGUCACGAGGGAUUUCUUAGCCGAUAACAGGCUACGGGUGCCCGACAAAUUUUAACAAUCGUACCGACGAAACAAAACGAUGGAGAAGCUGCGAUAGAGCAACCUUGCGUGAAUAAAUAAAUAAACACAAGGCCUAAAAGGGUGUCGUGAAAUGUAUGUAUUGUCAGAGUCAAGCAAAAAAUUCUGAUAAAUGUGGGUCCAAAAACAUUCUAUUCGCAAGGUACGCUCGCUUUCAACGAUAAUAUUCUAAAGCAAGCGAGUCAGGGAUAUAAAAAUUAAUGAAAUUUCACUUACAAUGAACAAUUAAAAAUCAACCGUAAGUGUUACUCACUACGAAACAAUACAAAUGAUAUAACGCCACCUUAAAAGCAAAAUGUUCAAGAACCUACAUUUACCAGGACUUUUUCAUUUUAGACGCAGAAUCUGCAUUUAAAUCCGCCUUGUACACGUUGUUAUUGUUCGACCCUAAAAAAGAGCAAUUUUCGACGAGAAGUUUUUUUAAGCUAAAAUUAACCGUUGAUGGGCCAAUUGCGAGAUCAGUGUCCCUAUUUCCCCACAAAAGAUAUUUUUACGAAUCACGUACAAUAAUGAAAAUUUGCGAACUCCGUCGGUAUGGUGCGUUUUUUACAAAGAGAUUUUCCGAUUUUUGUUUUUCACGUUGUAUCGAUACUCUGCGAUCCUUUCGACAUCCCUGUUCCAGUGACAAUUUUAUGGGAUCAGAGAAGCAACGAUCGAGGGUGAAAAUAUUUAUUAUAUCGAAAUAACGUUAUCGAAUCAAGCGUCGGUGAUUUUUAUCAAACGUCGGGAGCGUUGUGUUUAAGGUUAAGGAUACGAAUCCAUCGUCGCGGAUGCAUUUAAUGCAUUUAGUCGCGAAUGAUUCUAUUUCGAACGUUCGACUUGCAAAGUAGUCUAUUUUAUCGUGUUUUCCAAGUGUGGAAUCAGUAUUCCGAUCGAUGAAAUUCGAGCACCGCCACCGAAAGCCAAAUUCUCAGCGAUUUUUGUAUUCUUGGCGAAGGUUGUAAUAAUUGGUAUUUGGAAUUUAUUUUUAACAAUUGAUUCGAUGUUAGAAGGAACUUGGAGACGCCAGGUGGCGCCCGUGUCGCCUCGAAAAAUUAUGCGAUACCUUUCGUCCUUACUCUCAAAUUUUAUUAACAAUCUGUUUUUAUACCAUGUGAUCAAGUAAAUUAUACCUUUACAUCUGAAUGACGGAUAUUUUUUUGUAGCUCCAAGAAUCCUCUUUGGGUCUCUCUGACCCCGAAUCACAAAUAGAGUUGACUGCAAUUGAUCUAAACGUUUCGAGUGUUUUCUUUUUUUUUCAGAAAUAAGACAACGAAAACCCUAAAUUUGUUAUUUCUGAAGCAGUUAGACUGUUUUCGGGUAUUUGUGUCCUUCUUCGAUCCCGCAGAAUUCUCGAUGGAACAAAAACGACAAAGGAGAUACCCGGAUCGCUCAAAACUCAAUUACGCAAUAUUAAUCCUGUUUUAAUUAAACGACAAACUGAAUAAAAGAAGAGUGAGAGAGCACGAGGAGAGAGACUCGUCGGUUCCGUCCAACAUAUUUUUGUAAGGGAGAGAAAAUGCGAGAGGGAGAGUGAGUGUGCGUAUUAUUCCUUCCGAUCAUCUGCUUUCGGAUGCGUCCGUAACGCGUCAGUUGCAAAGAACGAACACACGCUGGCGAAAUUGUUGUCCAUUCUUUUACAACUCGUAAUUAGUCGUACUUUAAAAAUUUUUUCGUUCUAUAGAUAUAGGCAUCAGAGUUGGGUAUCAUUUAUUUUAAUGGGAGAUUCUAGAGCCCAAAAUAAGAC